UAAGCGUCCUCUGUUUCGAGUCCCAGAUAGGGACGUAUGGAGGAACACGUUGGACACAAGCUGAGCGUUUUACUAGCGUUUCUCUGUUGAAUUAGCCGGACUAAACGCGACCAUGUCCGGCGGGUGGUGGAAUAGCGCCGCGGUGAGCCACGGGCUCAUGGCUCUGUUCGCCAUGGGUUCCUGGAUUUCUGUCAACAGUCUGUGGGUCGAGCUCCCGGUGAUUGUCGGCGUGCUGCCCGAAGGCUGGAACCUGCCUGCUUACCUCUCAGUGCUUAUAGCAUUUGGGAACCUGGGACCAAUAGCAGUGACCAUCACACACCACUGUGCUCCUGGGCGCUUAAACGAACGCCUCGCCAUCCACUGCAUCCAGAUACUGGCAGUGGUGGCGUCCGCUUUUCUGGCCAUCUUCUGGUGCCACACUGUCACGGUGGCAGGAGAGCAGAGAUCCGUACCAUUCCUGGUCUUGACUUUUGUGUUAUCGUUUGUUUGCUGUACGUCCAACGUGACCUUUCUGCCUUUCAUGUUCCGGUACCCACCUCAGUAUAUCCGCACUUUCUUCAUUGGUCAGGGUUUCAGCGCCUUGUUCCCUUGUAUUGUGGCGUUGGGACAAGGUGUUGGCAAGCUGGAGUGUAAAACUGUGAACAGCACAGUGCAACCAGAGUAUUUAAAAGAGAACUUUCCCGCCCAGAAUUUCUUCUGGUUCUUGUUUGUGAUGCUGUCGAUCUCUGCUCUGAGUUUCCUGGCUUUGACGCGAAGACCGUCAGAGUCACAGCAGGGUUCACUGCCACCGCCACCGCAGGAGUCUGACAGUGGUGCAGCAGCAAAGGAUGAAGAAGAGACGCACCGGCUGUACAACGGAGGGACGCCAGUGUCUGAGGAGCAGGUGCAGGUGGAGGAACAGCCACCGGCUCAGACAUUUUGGACACCACGAAACAUCUUCCUGCUUGUGCUGCUCGCCAUCUCCAACGCCCUCACCAAUGGAGUCCUCCCAUCUGUGCAGAGCUUCUCCUGCCUGCCCUAUGGCACCAUGACCUUCCACCUCUCUGUGGUCCUUGGAAACAUAGCGAAUCCCGUAGCGUGUUUUCUGGCCAUGUUCGUUGUCCUCAGAUCCUCUACACCUCUGGGAUUUUUGGCUUUGGUGGGUGGCGUAUUUGCUGCUUAUCUCAUGGCGUUAGCAGCCCUCAGCCCCUGCCCGCCGCUCCUAGGAAGCCAUGCUGGUGUGGCUUUAGUGGUCAUCUCCUGGAUUAUUUUCACUGGUGCCUUUUCCUAUCUGAAGGUGGUGAUCGGUACGUUGCUUCACGAGGCGGGUCACGCCGCCCUGCUGUGGUGUGGCAUCUCCAUCCAGGCCGGCUCUCUUAUAGGAGCUCUCGUCAUGUUUCCUCUGGUGAACAUCUACAACGUGUUCACCAGAGGCCAAGAAUGUGUCCAAGAAUGCAGUUAGCAGGAGUGAAAUCAGUGCAGUUUUUCUGUAAGCGCACACCUCUCGUUCCUUCCACAUGGGAAAUGGCCAAAUGAAUUCUGUUUUUGUGGUUCCUGAAAGAUGUAAUGUGUAUUUCUUGCAGCUACUUCUUCUUGAGGAUCAUGCCUCACAUGAGGCAACCUCUCCUGAUUCAGAGGUCUCAAGUCUGUGGAAGUAAAAACAUUCCCCAAUAAUGGGAGCAUUGUGUUGCAGGAUUGGCCAUGGGGGACGUAAAAUGCAUAUGAUGCUGUAAAACCUCUAAAGUGCUUUGUGUUUUUUAUAAUGAACCUUUGUAGUUCAGGUUGUUUAUCGCAGCAGAGGAGCUGCUGAUGGACUUUUCCCAUCACAAGUAUCAUGUGAAAGGUUUUUGCACUCAGACACAACGGCUAACUUGUUCGUCCUCAUGUACUGAUCCUGAACCGAAUGAUUCAAUAACUACAGUCUUUCACUGUAGAAAGGCAGCAUUCAUUUUUUAUUUUAUAUUCAGAUGUUUUGCUACCUCCUUUUUAUGCCAUGAAUUGAUUUUUUUUAAACAGAUUGUGAUUUUCUGUUAAGCUCCUCAUGAAAAUGGUAGAAUUUAUAUUGAAGUAAGUUUUUGCAGUCAGAUCCACUGUGGGAACUGGGAACACCUUGGUGUUCUCCUGGGCAAGCUGGAGGCGGCGACUGGGGAGAGGGAGGUCUGGGCUUCUCUGCUUAGGCGGCUGCCUCUGCAAACUGGCCCUGGAUAAGUGGAAGAAAUGGAUGGAAAGUUUUCUUUAGAUUUAAGUUUGACAUUUGGGAUAAUGUUAUCUUAAGGGAACGAUACAUGCCUGACAGUCACUAAUCAGUGAAUAAGGAAUUUUUUUUUCUAAGUCCUUAAACUAAUGAUUUUGCGUCUUUGACAUGCAGUUAAUGUCAUUUUACUAACCAUGCUGCUACACCGCAUCAGCUUUAUUAAACUCUUCAGCUUACACAGGAAGAACAUCUGUUAAGCUGCCUUGAGGAUUUCGAUGUAAUUCUGGGCUUUUGUUUUAAUACCAAUGAAAUGUUAUUUGGUAAUUUCAAAUGGAUUGAAUUUGCCAUUUAUGUAAUUCAUGGAUCUUGUUUUAUUCUUCUUUUUACAUUGUCUUGUAUAACAAUGUUAUGAAUAAAACUGUUCAUGG